GAGAGAGAGAGAGGGAGGAGAAAGAGGAGGUCUGCAGAGCCGCUUGGCUGGACACAAGCUUCUCAGACAAGAGGUGCAGGACAGACGAUCGUGAAAGAAAAAAAACAAUUAAAAAUCAAACACUAUUUUGUUAUUUUUGCAAUCCAAAAAUCAGUAUUUAGUCGGUUGUAAAGGUGAUGCCCCUCCCUCCUCUUCGUCUCCCCCUUCUUUCUGAGUCUCUCCUUAUGCAAAUCUCGCCUUCCCUUCUUUCCCUUUCUCAACCCUCUCACCAUUGCCUCUCACAGUGACAAGCAGAGGUAUAAAUAUAUAUUUAAAAAAGUCGUCUUGGAAGAAGAGGGGGUAGGUAGGAAAGAGGAGGGGGGCCAAAGCAGAAAAAAAGGGGUGGGGAAGAGGCGAGUGCACAUACGCAUCAAUUUGUACAGUUCAGUUUUUUCCACGCCACUACCAAGAAGAUUUCAGCCGCAUUGUUGCUACUGCCUGGGUGCUGCUGCUGCUUCUUUUUGUGUGUGUGCAACAUGAGGCGGCGAGCGUUACGAGAAAAGGCAACAAAAAGGAGGGCGAGAAAAGAAAAAGGGGGAGCGAGAGCAGCAGCAGCACACAUUGCUGGAUAUUAAAGUGAGUUAGCAGUCGCAGAAGUAACCCAUUCAGUCCACGCAAUGGUUCGUGCUGUAAAAUGGACGCUAUAAAGGAGAAAUCAUGAAAACACGGACGCACAAAGAAUCGAUGCCCAUGCGCAGCGGGCGGCGGCGGGGGGCAAGUGAGGAGAGAAGGGGUCGACGCCCGCACGCCAGCCCUACUCGCCCUGAACGCAAUGACAGACAGACGCCAAGAGGUGGCGGUGAGGAACUGGCUGGGAAUCGCUUCAGUCGCAGAUCACAAGGGCAUGAUUCAUCAGAGAGUGAGGGGGAGGAACUUGUCUCUCCUGCAAAAAGGCAGAAAGUUCAGGAUUCAGCAGCCACCCCGAACCCUCCAACAUCAACACACACCGCUGACAGCUUGGCUCCCUCGACAGGCCCACCUCCCACCUCAGUGGCCAGCCAAUCCCGUGAGAGUGACAAUGAGGAUGGCCAAUCCCAGGGCAGCAGGAGUUCAGUUGUGGGGAGCCUGGCGAAUAGCAGCAGCAGCUUGAGCAGCGGGCGGGACAUCGACCAGGACAAUCGUUCCUCAUCCCCGAGUCUCUCCGCUUCUCCCCUGGGUAGCCUCGACUCUGACUCUGAAGGCCCAGACUCACCAAAGCAAGGAGAGAAGGAACGGGAGAAAAGCAAAGAUGGAGGAGCAGGAAGCGGGUCCGUAGAGGACAGAAGGGCACUACGGGAGCUGAGAGGGGAGGAUCCCUGUGGAGACGAACAAAAGACGGAUACAGAUGCACGAAUUGAAGACUGUGCACUUAAGCCUAUCCAUCCUUGCUCCUCCUCUGGUCUCAGUUCUUCGGUCCGUGUCGCUGGGGAUUCUUCAAAUGAUAGCACUGGUGGGAGGAAGUCGUAUUUCUCCCUGGACUCCAAACUAAUGGGUAAAGUGGAGUAUGGUGGACCAACAGGCACUGAUGCGGUGCCUAGUGGCAAUAGAAUGAAUUCCAAAGCCAACGCACAAUGUGUGACAAAGACAUCUGCCGCGGGUGGAGAUUUUUCUCAUAACAACCCCGGUAUUCCCCACUCCUUGCCUGCGCCUCUUCCUCCUCCACCUGCUCUAAAACCACUGGAGCUCGGGGGACAAAAUCUUCCUGCUGAGGUUAAAAUAGAAAGAGACAAAAUGGAAAAGGCAGAUAAGCACCUCGACAAAGCCCAGUCCACGCCUCCUUCUCUGUUGCAGACGGGGCCCCAGCCACAAUCCCAAUCACAAACCCAAACCAAUACCCACCCCCAUCAUUACAGCUCCCCCAGCUGGCAGGGUGGCACAGCAACCGGUUGCCAGGGGAGUUGGGGCUACACCCGUUACCCUGGCAACCAUCACCCUCAUCAGCAUCAGCCCCCGGUGCAGCAACAACAACUUCCUUCUGUCUAUAACCCUCCUUCCUCUCGACACUCCUCCUCUCACUCCUCUUAUCUCUCCCAUCCACACCCUCAUACCCACAGGGAGUACCUUCCCAGGUAUGCCGGAGGGGGAGGGGACAGAGAGAGGGGGGCUGCAGGAGAUAGGGAGAGGGGAGCGAGGGGUGAGUGUGUAGGGAGGGAACUCAACAGGGACUUCUCUGCUCCCAUCGGUAACAACAGCAACACAAGUGGUGCGGGUAAUAGUAGCGGCCCAACUAGCAUCCAAGGCAGGGAGUUUUCAGGUCUGUCUGUGGGUCAGAACCGGGAGUUUCAAGGCUCUGGAAGAGAUGGACCUUCUAGCAUUGGUCCUGAUAGAAAAGACUUUGUUCCAGCUUUCCAUGACAGAGAGCAAGACAGGGAACGUGAUGCAGGAAGAGAGUUUUCCAUACCAAACCAAAACCAGAGUAGAGACUUUGGCCCCAAUGGAGCUGGAGGGGGGCAUCCCAGAGACAAAGACAGAGGCAGAUGGGGUGACUUUGGAGGUCAAACAAGAGAAGUUGGAGGAAACUGUAACCAAAACAACAACUCCAUCUCUCAAGGAAACCAUCCAAGUUCAAAUAGUGGACUGCCUGUAAACCCCAUGCUAAGCAGAGACCCACCCGCAUCACCCCAAAACAACAAUAACCACCCUUCUCAUUCUUCCCUGCCCCCACACCCGCAUCCCACAAACUUGGCCAGUCGGGAGUUUCCUCUUCCCAUUGACCAGGCACAAACCCCUUCCUCUGCCACUGACCCUUUUCACAGAGAAUAUCCUCCCAAUAGCGGGAAAGAUUUCAAUGCAGGUGCACCUCCCUCCGCUGGAACUAAUAGAGAUUAUCUCAGCCCACCUGGGGUUACUUCUAAUCUAGUAAGAGAGUUUUCAGGGACUGGUGGAAUCCAAAAUCCUCAUCCUUCUCAUCCCCACUACCCGUCUGGGCUCAGAGACAGAGAGAGGGAGUCAAACCUGCGAGAGCCUGCACUGUACCAAAACCGUGGAGGUCCAAAUCAACCUCCUGCGCUCUCUCCAUCCUCCACGACCAGUCACGCGCACCCUUCAAAUGCUCCCUAUCCCCCUCCACCACAUCAACCUCCUUUACCCCCAUCCCAAUCUUCUCAUGCCCAGCAACUCCCACCAGGUAUGGCACCCAAUGUUCGCCCCCCACUCUACCAGUCAUCUGCCCAAACUCCUCCAACACAUGUAUCUCCACUACCCAGCCCAUCCACUAAUCAGAUAGCAGGCUUCUCGUCAUUUCCUCCUGGAUCCGCCUCUGCACCAAGCAUGCCACUUCCUGGGCCUGGCGGUUCAUCCAGCUGUUCACCUGGAUGCCGCCCUGCCCCUUUACACGGCACCUUGAACAGUCACCAAACCUUCAGUGGAACAUACCACUCCAAUGGAAGCAGUGGCAAUAGCCUGAUUAACAGCAAUAGCAACAGUGGCACGCCCACGAACAGCAAUACCAACUCCCAAUCACCUCAGAAUGUCUCUAAGGGCCCUCCACCCCUCACCAACAGCGUUACAACACCUGUCCCCAGCUUACCACAUCACGGUGGAGACGGCCAUUCAGAUUCAGGCCCACCCCCAACACCUGUCAUUAAAGAGGAGCCGCUAGAAGACAGGGAAGAGAGUGAAAGUCCCCCACCAGUGUUGAGAAGCCCGUCUCCUGAACCUAAGCCGGUGGACAUUCCCAUCCAUGCUAGCCAGUCAGCAAGGUUUCACAAAGUCCUUGACCGUGGUGUCGGCAACUCCUGUGCCCGUAGCGAUGUCGUCUUUGUUCCAUUGGACGGGUCCAAAUUGUGGAAAAAGAGGAAUGAGAUGAUAGAAAGGGCUCGGAGGGAGGUUGAGCAACGGGCCAGAGACAUAAGAGAAAAAGAGAGAGAACGAGAAAGGGAGCGGGAGCGGGAGAGGGAGCUGGAUCGCCAUCUACAGCAACAAAAAGAUGCCAAUGCCAACGCAGCGGCUCGCCAGGGAUCUUCCCUCUUCUUCCCCUCUUCGUCCUCCAUCAUCCUUGAUCCUUCAUCAUCUUCCUCCUGUCCGGGCAACCCGGCCGCCCACCAUGCACAUCACAUGCAGCAUCAUCCCUCACAUCCACAUGCUCACCUUCCUCCGACACACCACCUGCAUCCCAGCCUCUCUCACGGAAUACCCCACUCUCUUCUACUUCCAUCCAUGGCUGGAGCAUCAGCAGUAGUUGGGGGCCAUCAGGGUGCUCUGGGAAUUGGUAUAGGAGGUCCUUAUCUUGGUCCUGAUACCCCAGCUCUAAGAACCCUUAGUGAGUAUGCUCGCCCUCAUGCGAUGUCUCCCCUCGGGGCUGCAAGUCGGGCCCAAGCACACCACCCUCAAAUUCAUCACGGUCAUCCUCACGUGCAUCCCUCAUUCUUUCUCCCCCAAUUCCAAAAUCAUGCAAUAGGCCAUCCACAUCACCUACCUACUGAUGCUGCAACAGCUGCAGCCAUCUUAGGCUUACUGUAUGGUGGCAGCCUGGAAGGCGGCCCAGGUAUUGGGGGCCACCCUGGUGUAAGUGGGGCACCAGUACCUGGAGGAAUUGGGUCUUCAGGGUUAGGAGGAGUUGGGUUUCCUCAUGCAGUCGCUGCUCAUCGGGAUCGCAUGAAGCCGGGAUUCGAGUUUAAGAGUGAUGAACGGGUCUACCCACCAGGGUCCAUUCAUGAUCCUGCAGCUCUUGCCCUUGCUCACUCUCAUUCCCAUUCACAUGCCAAUGCCCAUACCCAUGCACAUGCACAUGCACAUGCCCACUCCUUACUCCUUGGGGGAGGGGGAGCAGGAACGAAUGAGGUGUCACUCUAUUGCACUCCUCCUCCCCCAGCUCCUACUGGCCCACUACACCUCCAGAACCCAACACUGGCCCCAGUAACUCGACCUCCAAACCCUCCUGCCCCUCAGUCCCUGUCCAAUCCACCUCCUUCAUCGCACCUACCACCUUCACACCCUUCCACUGCGCCACCACUCGCAGCCCCGCCCCCGGCAGCCCCUGCUCCACCUCCACAAGCUCCCCCUCCUCCACCUGCUCUGCCAACCUCCAACGCCACCUCAAUUCAUCAUCCAGUCCCCAAUUCUUCUUUUCCUAGUUCCUUGUCCUCUCAUCAACCGUCAGCCCCAGCCACUUCCUCUGAGUCUUACCCGACUGCUGCUCGGUCACCAGCCUCUUUUGAGCGGGAACGCAGCGGCGAACGAGAGCGGGAGAGGGAGCGGGACAGAGCGGCAUUGCCGGCCUUUGGGGACAGGGAGCGUGAGAGAGAGCGGGAAAGAGAAAGGGGAGGAAGUGGAGGAGGAACAGGAGGAGGCAACACAAAUGGAGGAGCCACAGGUGGAGGAAGUGGUGGAGAAAAUGUGGGUCGUGUCCAGAUGCUGAAUGUCACGCCCCACCAUCACCAGCAUUCCCACAUCCACUCACACCUUCACCUGCACCAACAAGACACAGCGGCGGGCGGGGUUCACCCCCUGAUGGACCCGCUGGCGUCAGGGUCUCCUUUGGCGCGGCUUCCUUACCCAGGAGCGGCAAUAGGCACCCCCAUCCUGGCUCACCCCCUCACUGACAGCGAGGUGCUUCGCCAACAGCUGUUUGGUGCUCCUUUCCGGGACAUGCCCCAACCGUCCUCCCUUACUGGUCCAAUGUCGGCAGCCCAUCAGCUCCAGGCCAUGCAGCAGGCCCAGAGUGCAGAGCUGCAGAUCCAGAGACUGGCCCUGGAACAACAGUGGAUUCAUCACCAUCACCACCACUCCCUCACCCAGGACGAGUACUACAGUCACCUGAAGAAAGAGAGUGACAAGACCCUGUGAGGGAGGGGCACAAGGAGGAGUGGCGUGGAGGGGAAAAAAGGAGAACGUGUGCAAACUUUAAACAAAACCAAGCAAGAUAGAAGCACUAAAAACUAUAAAGAGACAAGCACUAAAAACUGUAAAGAGACAAAGACUGAAAACAAAGCUGGACAAAGGAGUUUACACUCCGUCCCUGUGAAGUGCACCAUGUUGAAGUUCCAGACUCCUUUCCUGCAUUGUGUGCUUGAACUUCAAGUCCUGUUUUGUAUUGUGCUUUGUACAGUAUAUGAAUUAGAUGGGGGUGGCAAUAAUGUGAAGGUACAGUAUGUGUAAAAUACUUGAUGCCAGAGGGAAUGUGUACAUGAGUCUUUUUAAUGUCAUUGCAUGUAGCUAUACGAGUUUACUCGGAUCUGGUGGAACUUUUGGUUCUUCAUUUUAGUAAGAAGGAAAAAAAACACCCUCAUUUGUACCUAGGGUUCUAUAUGCAUGAGACCAGCCUUUUAAUGUUCUGUUUACAACAGUAUUAUUAUGAUUAUUAUGAUUAUUAUUAUUACUGUUGUCUGUUUGUUGAUAAUGACAUAAUUAUAUAUACGGUACAUAUUAUUUGUAUUAUUUUUUUACAUUUUCAUGGUAUGACUGUCAGUCUUGAUUUGUAUUUUAAAAUGACCUUGUGAAACAAGAUGCAAAUGAAAGCAAAGAAAAAAACAAAAAUCCAAUCUAGAAAUUAAUUAUCUCUUUUUCUUUUGCUAUGUUUUUAUGUGUGCACAUGUGUCCUACGCACUCCUUUACCUUGAGUCUAUUAGCCCCCGUCUUUGUUUUAUACAAGUCACUCAUGCACAAAGCAUAUCAAAUUCCUCAUGCGCCUCCCCCUCCCCCUUUUGGACUCCCUCUUUCUGUCUUUCCCCCCACCAGUCAAACCCCUCCUCUCUCUUGGCAAGUGUGGCUAAUAGGAGACACAUGGGAUGAGUGUGAGACAUGGGAGUUGACUUGCUCCAUUGAACAGCAGACGCCCUGUAGAGUUGGCAUUCCAUAGUGAACUGUAAAAAAAAUGGAAAAGAAAAGAGGGGAAAAAACAGAGGGAAAGAGGAGGAGAAGCUGUGAGAGUGUGAUUUACUGACUGUGCUGAAGCCUGCAACGCUGUGUUUUCUCGCCACAUCCGGCCAGAGGAACCUCCUUCAAAACGGACACGGAUCACUGAACGAGGCCUUCAGAUGCUGCAGGGAUAUCUGGCAGAACAAACUACAAUUUACAAUCUUUUCUUUUUGUAAUCACGAUAUCCUGUGCCUGUAGUCCGCUAAGGUUUAAAGGUCUGAAAAAUGCAAUAAAAUCUCAUCUAAUGAUGGAUAGGCCCAUCUCAGACGAAGACUUGCGAAGGAUACGAUAUAUCGGGCAUGGCAGGUAGCGUGUUAUUAAAAGUCACCUUGAACAAGUGUGUCAAUGUAAUGUAUAAGAAUCUGAUUGUCCUCCAUCUGAUGACAUCACAUCUGCUCGUGAUAUUCUUAGCGCUUCAUCAGUCCUUUGUGACAAAGGUUAAGGAUGUUGUGAAACGUGAGCUUGAAAAAUGGACCAACCUGUGAGUGCCCGCUGUAUUUAAUUAAACUAAAUUUAAUUAUAUUAAAUGAAAUUAUGACCAUAUGUCGUUUUGUCGUUAUGGUAAAAUACUUCCAUAAUAAUAUUUGUUCUUGAGGGCACCCCAAAAUCCAAAUCAUGUGUUCACACAAUUUAUUUUGUAGCAGUACUAGAUUUUGAGUGACAUUAAUUUCGGUAUUAAUUUAUACAUUUAAAUAUUUUAUUUUAUCCACAUACAGUUACAAAAAUACAUUUUACAAAUAUACAAGACUGAACAUUUUAAUUUGUGAUCGUU